CUCCAGACAUGAGCCCCCAACGCGGGGAGAAACGGGCGAGAGGUCGGCGGCGAGGCCAGCUCUUGGCGCCCCCGCGGCUUUUGCUCCUGAACUUCUUCACCUGACGCCCUGCUGCGGAGGACGAGCUCCUUCCCCGAGCAGACAGGAAACAUCCCCUUCGAGGAAAGUUUGGACCUCAGCGCGCUCGGCUGUCUCCUGCGGUCUUCCUCGCGCUCCGCCUGUUACGCCUCGUUUCCCGCAGAUGUUGGAUUCUCACACGCUGCCCAGCGCGCUUUGAAUCAGUAGAAAAUUGUGUAAGAGCUGAAGUUUAUUUUGGAACUGGAAUAGGACAUGAAGAAUAAAAGGAGUUGGGAGAUCACCAAAUCAGGAUGAAACAGAGGUUGAACAUUUUUCCAAACCUACUGCUAGUUGUGCUCUGUGACUAUGUUCUCGGAGCAAUCAAACUUCUCUUGGAGCAACAGACUCAUAUAGCUUUAAGCAAUACUACAGUAUCUGUUGGCUUUCAGAAUUAUUAUGAUGGUAAUGACACACUGAAAAACACUUCUGUUUUACUCAUGGAGGCCAGCACCAACCAAAUUGUUGUCAAAAAGCAACUUCCAGAAGAUCAGCAUCAAGGUGCAGUUGUUUUUGAGUGUUCUUAUUUUAAGAGUGCUGGAAGUUACUGGUUCAAACUGGAUUCUGAAAAUAUCAGAGGGCUUAAUCCUCAAUGGAAUGGAGAAAGUCUUCUACUCAGUGUGAAGUGGCCUAUAUUUAACUUUGAUUUGAGGAGGACUUCAGAAGGACAUGGGAAUUCCCUUCAACUUGGGCUGUUUACUAAUGAAUACUUAUGUCCGCUAAAUAAAACAAUGAUUUCUUUGGAAGUAGUACUAACCAGCAGCUUAUACGAACUAGGGACAUUGAUCUCGAAUGAGACACUGGGCCUGAGAACAAGGAAAAGCCUUUCUCUCUUGGGGUCACAGUGGGCGAAGUUGGACUGCCAUGUGGUCGGCCCAGAGGCAUACGUUGCUGCAUUCCUGAAAUCAGCAGAGACAGAUUCAAUCAUUGCUUCAUCAGGACCUAUAGAUCUUGUGCACAAAUUUGGAUACAAACUAGUUAUGGCAGAAGAAGUGUUAUGUGAGUCUUCGGUUGUGGCUUCUGUCAUUUCUCCUCCAUGCACAUCUUCUGCUGGGCGCAUUGCCGUGUUUAAGCAUCACCCUUUGGGACAAAUGGUGUCAAAACUAUAUGAAAGCAUCUUGAAUCCAGAGGACCACCAGAUAGAAUUCAGUUGCACGUUGUUCGACAGUGGCACAAAUAAAUACUGUUUUGAAUUUAGCCCUUCCAGCCAAGUGAAUUCCCCACCAUGGACAAAAGAAUGUGUGCUAAUCCAAAGGAAUGUUGGAGGAUCCUGGAGCAUUUGGCAGGCCUGGAGUUCGUGUAGUGCCACUUGUGGAGGUGGCAUUCGUGAGCGUUAUCGGGAAUGCCUCACACCUUUCCCAAUCCAGACGAUGCAAGGCUGCCUGGGGAGGCAACAGGAAACCUCUCCGUGUUCUUUGGAGGAAUGCCCCAUCACUACAGCUGCCCUCCUCACAACACUUCCUCCUGAAAUGGGAGGAGAGAGAGCUGCCAAUAACUUAAUAACUGUCACUGGGAUAUCAUUGUGCUUAUCUAUAAUCUUUGCAACGAUCUUGAUAACCUUAUGGAGAAAGCUUUGCAGAACCCCAAAGUGUAGCAGUCCAAUUAACUGUGACUCGACUCAUUCAUCUGGCUUCCGAAAGAACUCUGAUGAAGAGGAUAUCUGUCCAGACAGACAUCAACAAGAGAGCUUUUCAGAGGGAGAAGCCUCUUGUUUUUCCCCAGGAGAACCUUCUGACAUACCCUUGAAUUUCAGGAGAAGCCUUCAUUUUGUCCCAGAAGAUGGAGGAGGAUUAGUUCAUGAGAGUUUGCAGUCCAGUGCUCAAAAAAUCAUUCCUCCCAUUUACAGCUAUCGUCUUGCCCAGCAGCAAUUGAAAGAAAUGAAGAAAAAGGGACUUACAGAAACCACCAAAGUUUAUCAUGUUGCUCAGAACUCUCUCACGGACACAAUGAAAACAGAAAAUCAAGAGGCAGCAGCUGCAAGUAAGUUUAGAAUCAAAUCUCCAUUUCCAGAACAGCCGUCUGAUUAUCUAAAAUUAUCAGGGGACAGGCCCUGUUCUAGAAUGGAUUGUACAUCAUUGCAGGCCAAUUCUGUGUUGAGCUCCAGUCACUCCUUAAUGAGAAGAAGCCAUCUCAGAUAUUUUGAUAACAAAGGAGAGUCAACAGAAAGAGGAUACCAAAGAAAUUCACAGUUCAGAAGGACAGCAAGUUUUCAUGAAACUAGAAAAGCAAAACCAUUUCGGAAGAGAAGCAUGUCCACCCUUACACCAAGUCAGACUUCAUUCAACCACUGCAGAGCCAAAAUGUGGAAUCCUGUUAUGGAAAAACAGCAUUGCCUUAAAUCUAAAAAUACAGCACAGAACACUGUGGAACUUGAGUUGUAUCACAGCAUUCCUUUAACCACAGAGCCAUUGAGCUGGUGGGGACAGAUUCCUCCCAAACAGAAACUUCCAGAGAAGAAACCAGAUCUGGUCAACAAUCGACCACCAGGAUCUCUUAUAUCUUGUGCUGAUAAAUCAGAACAUAAGAGAACCAGAAGUGGACAUUUUUCAAGUCCUACAGGUGCUUGGAGGAAGGAGUCUACUUUCCUAACUCUCAAGGAUGGUCACCAGAAAGGGGAGACUCUGAGUCCUUCACAAUAUAGAAAGAGCAAAUGCCAAAGUUUUCCGUCUGAUACUGGAUGCCACUUCUAUGACAAUACUUCCUUUGGUCUGAUUGACUCAGAACAACAAAUGUUUGACCUGCCUGGAUAUUUUGAGUCAAAUGAAGGUGAAAUAAGUACUUUAACUGUUGAAAAUUUGGUAAUCUGAGUUUCUUGUGGGCAAAUGGGAAGCUGCAGCAUUAGCAACUGCAAAAGUUCUCGAAUUUUCAAAAUGUACUUUAACAGAAAUCUCCUUACGAAGGAAAGGAGGCCUAAUUAUCAUUCCGUUGAAGCAGGCCAAGUACUUGGGAAAAGUAAAUGAUACCCUGACACAAAAAUAAUGACUAAAUAUGUACUUGUGCAGAGUUUCUCUCUAAACUGUCUCAGAAAUAGACCUCUUAAGGCCAAAUCCUAUAUGCUGAUUUAUACAGUUUACAGUAUUGGACUUUCUCAUUGGAGCAUUUAAUACAUUUUAAAUUGGUGACCCUCAGCAUUCCUUGUAAACGGCUGCUAAGUGACUGAAAAUGUCUGACAUCCCGAUGCCAUGGCAUUCAGUGGCCUAUAAAAUCAGGCUCGGAGGUCUGCAUUUGGUAUUAGUUAAGAGGUUAAUGUGGUUACAGGCACUGUUGGAGUACAGCCGGUCUAUUCUUUUCUAUUGGACAAGCCCUGGAUGCUUCUUUAACCACUGUUUGCAUCACAGCAACUCCAGCUACUAACUUGCCAAGUCUGUUAGAUAUCCUCUCAUACUUCCCUUGUUCAACUGCAAAGCAAUAUUCUUCAAAGCUUCAGAAGAAUCAUCCUUAAAAGAGAUUACUUCCCCUACAAGGAAACAUAUCUUUUGCAACCUUCAGUAAGUUUCAGUUGAAGAAACUUUAAAAUUAAGCAGUUUGGGUUUGGUCUCUCCCACUGGCAAACAGUUAUAGAAAGUGUUUCUUUCAGAAAAUCUAAAUGAAAAUACAUAAUGUGAAAGAAAAAAUGUUAUUAGUACUUUAUAACAGACAAGUUCUAGACAUAUAUAGACAAUGAACUAAUGUUUAUUUUUAUGCUAUUUGAAAAGACAUUUUUAUAAUUGGGAUUACAUCUUUCUGCAAUUGCUGCUGCUUUAAUUGCAUUAAAUAUGGAUGAUGUAAAUGUACUUGAUAAUUUCUUACACAUUAGGAAUUAAUAUAAUAGUUCACAUUUUAGCAGAAGGCUGAGAGAACAUCUGUCCCAAAGCUACACUCAACCCAUCAUGGAGUCAUGAGAUUUUAAACACUGUAAGUUGAAAAGUUACAGCUUUAAACACAUGCUGUUUAUUCAGAAUAAUUAAAAAACCUCUUGUGAAAAUGCCCAUCUAGCUUUUUAUUUCAUUAGGCAGCUGUCAAGGUUUUUCAUUUUUCUCUCCUUUUCUUCAGUUUAAGAAAACCAUCAAUUAUGAAAAUACAAAUUAAAAAAAAGGGAAUGACAUGUAAAUCUGCCUUCCCCAUCUAACAUCCUUCAGCUGUGUUGCAGCAGCCAGCAACCCAUUCCCUUUCCUAGAAGGUCUCUGGUGGGAUUCAUACCACCCUCUAAACCAGUGUUGUCCA